AUGAUGCUUACUAUUCAAUGGAUUUUAGUUGUACUUUCAUUCGUACAUAUUCAUGCAGCUGAUGAAUGUGCAGCUCCCGCAGAUUUCGUUAUGUGUGAUUAUAUUCAAUGUGCAAAUGGACGAUGUGUAGAAGAUAAAGCAAGUUCGGAAUGUUUUAAAUGUGAAUGUAGUGCUGGAUACACAGGCCAAUUAUGUGAAAUAGCAGUUGAUUUAGCAAAUUUAUGUAGUCCCAGUUGUCAAAAUGGUGGACAAUGUCAACAAACUGCUCAAAAUACUGCUAUUUGUGUUUGUCCACCAGAUUAUACUGGCAGUCGAUGUGAAACAUCAAUAUUAGCUACACAUCCAUGUAUAACAAUGCCAACAACUGUUUGUCAAAAUGGUGCUACAUGUACAAAAAAUAAUGCUGAUUAUCUUUGCAACUGUGCAGCUGGAUGGUCCGGCCGAAAUUGUCAAACUCAAGAUACAAUAGCUACAUGUAAUCCAAGUCCAUGUGGAGCACAUGGUACAUGUUUACAAGCUGUAUUACCAGCUGGACCUAUUAUAAUUUGUAAUUGUGAAGCUCAAUGGACAGGCAAAUUCUGUGAUGUCAAUAUAGCUGCAACAACAACAACAACAACAACUAUGACAACAGCAACAAUGACUACACCAUUAUUUACUACUGCAACUAUUUCAACAUUAGUUCCAAUAACAGGUAGUUGUACACCAACCUCAUGUCAAAAUGGAGGUACAUGCCAUAGUCUUGGCAGCCAAUUUAUUUGUGUAUGUACUGCACAAUGGUCAGGACCAGUAUGCAAUGUACAAAAUUUUAUAACACCAACAAUGACAACAAUGACAACAACAUCUACAACAUCAACUACAACUAUUUCAACAUUAGUUCCAAUAACAGGUAGUUGUACACCAACCUCAUGUCAAAAUGGAGGUACAUGCCAUAGUCUUGGCAGCCAAUUUAUCUGUGUAUGUAAUUCACAAUGGUCAGGACCAAUCUGUAAUGUACCAAAUUCAAUAAAUACAACAAUGACAACAACGACAACAACAACUGCAGUACCUGGUACUGAUGCUUGCUCUCCAAAUCCAUGUUUAAAUGCUGGUGCAUGUUAUAAACAUGGUAAUGGCUUUGUAUGUGUUUGUGCAUCACAAUUUACCGGUCCAACAUGUGCAGCAGUUAAAACAACAACACCGGCAGUACCAACAUUAAGUCCUACAAAAACAUGCGCAAAUGCACCAUGUCAAAAUGGUGGUACUUGUUAUAGUACUGGUAAUUCAUAUUUUUGUUAUUGUGGUUCAGGUAGUAAAUACACUGGUAAUAAUUGUGAAAUACCUACUGCAAUAAUAGCAACAAAUUGCCCAUUAAAUUGUUCACCUGGUCAAUGUAUAAGCACUGGUAAUAGUCUAAGUCCAUACGCUUGUAUGUGUAAUGGUGCUAUAACUCCAAAUAAAUGUUCAAAAUAA